AUGCGCUCUAUAUCUGGGACGCGGGCAGAGGUACGGACUGGGCUAUCGAGCGAGUCUGCGCGGUUCUUGACGCUCACGCAGAUGGACGACCUGUGGUGUCAGCACCUGGAGAACAUGAAUCUCCUCAAGGAGAGCGUGUCGAUGGAGGUCUUCAGGGGACGAAACCCCCUAGAGGAGUUUGGGGCACAGGGCAAGGAGAUGUUCUUGGACCUGCUGGACAACGUACGGCGAAACACCGUCUACUCGUUGCAGAUGUACAAUCCCAGCCCCAAGACUGCUGGCGCCGAGAAGUAGCGAAUAGAAUUAGGCCGAGAAACAGGAAACAUUACCGACUCCGCGGCGUUUAGUUUUUUUCACGGUACAAUAGUGUAGAAGAAUGGUCUCCACUG